AUGGCCUCUCCUGCUGCCUCACAACAACCUUCUACAGAAACUUCGGAAGUGGAACAACAUCUACAAUUGACCCCACAUGCACUGCUCUGCAUCAACGCUGGGGAUGAUGUCCCCUCUCCACUGCUUCAGCUUUUGUCUUUUGAAAAAUUGAUAGACGAUGAAAAUGACAAUGCUCGAUAUAAGGUUGUUUUGUCUGAUGCCACACACAUGCAAUUGGCGAUCCUCCCACCUAAGUAUAGUGGUUUGCUGCUUUCAGAGACAUUAAAGAUUGGCACUAUCCUAUCAUUGACAGCCUAUGCUUGUAGAAAUGUUUGGAACUCAAGGACUAUAAUAAUAUUCAGCCUUGCUGUCAAAUUUACCAAUUCUCCAUUGCUUGGGAAACCUAGAUAUCUGUUUAAAGAGCAAGAACAACAAAUGUUGGGUCGAGACACACCUGCCACAACUAAACGAUCCCUUAAAUUUGGAAUUCAACUCCCACCUGUGCAACACGAAUCUUCUGUUAAUAUCAGCCCGAUUAAAGCCUUGAACCCCUUCCAAAAUAAAUGGACAAUAAAGGGGCGUGUGACAAACAAGAGGAAGAUGCAUCAAUACAGUACACCAAAGUCCACUGGCCAAGUAUUUAGCUUUGACAUGAUAGAUAGUGAAGGUACUGAAAUUAGGAUAACUUGCUUUGGCGAUGUAGCAGAAAUGCAUUAUCAUAGGGUUGAACCAGGAACAUAUUAUACUGUGUCAAAAGGUUGCGUUAAAGAAGCUAACACUAAAUGGAAUAAGCUUAACAGCCAUCUUGAGAUAACUUUGGACAACAAUUCAAUAUUGAAGCGUUGUGAUGAUGUUGUUGAAUGUGAAGCAAAUAAUUCUCAAUUCACACCAAUCAAUGAAAUUACAUACUGCACCAACAACACUUUAGUUGAUGUUAUUGGUAUUGUAGUUGCUGUUGGAGAACCCUCAUUAAUUCGCAGGAAGGAUGGAAGCGAAGUAACAAAGAGAAUUGUAAAAAUAAAUGAUGCCUCAGCUUUUACUAUCGAUGUUAACUUAUGGGGAGAAACAUGGCAAGGGCUAGGUGAAGAUUUGAAGAGCAUGCACACAACCCAAACAGCUGUUGUCCUUGCAGUCAGAAAUGCUCGUGUUGGUUAUUUCAAUGGAAAGGUGGUCAACACAACCACAACAACAACCCUAAAUAUAAACCCUUCUAUACCUGAAACAGAGACACUUAUGUCAAGAGGAAAGAUUUCAGAUGCCCUUUUACCGCUAUCAUGUGUUGCUGGCCAGCUUAACUCACAAUACAGUAGGAUGACAAUCACAGCUGUUUUAGAGCGUACAAGUGUUCUCUCUGAAACAGUUGAAAGUACUAUUAGGGCUGUUGUGAGAAUCAUUAAAACUGAUUCUUUUUGCUAUCCAGCCUGCCCUUUGAAAUUUAAUGGAAAAGAAUGUAAAAAGAAAUGCACCCAGCAAAGUGAUAAUCAAUGGUUUUGUUCAAGAUGUCAAACUGCUGUGCCAGAAUGCAAUUACAAAUACUUAUUGCAGAUGAAGCUCCAAGAUCAUACAGGGGCUCUUUGGGCUACUGCCUUUGAUGAGGUUGGCACAAAUAUACUGCAAAUAUCUGCCAAGGAGCUUUACAUGCUGCAGUACGAUUUGACUACACAAAAAAUGCCUCAGUCCAUUAUCAAGCAUGUCCUUUUGUCUUCCUUAGUUUUCACACUCUCUAUUACAACAGACAUGUACAAUUCAGAACCCAGGCUCAAAGCAACGAUAACCAAAAUUGCCAAAAUUGAUUACCAGGCUGAAAAUGCUCUUUUGCUUGCAGAGAUUGCUCAGAUGACUACAACUGCAUAG